AUGAACGGGGCAGACACAAGGUCAAACGGUGAAUCCCAUGCGGUCGAGCAGCUCCCUACACCACACGCAACCCCCGAACCGGACCAGGUGGCAUCUCCGAGCCGUCGCCGCAACCAUGGAGCGACCACCGACAGACCGCUACAGAACGUGACGAAUGUGUACAAAGCGGAGCCAGGCGGCCCACUGAGCCCCAAUCCAAGUAGCACGAGGACGAGCAUGCCCGAAGAGGCCAUACUGUCCGAUACGAGCGAGAAGAUACGCCCAAUCAAGCGGCCUGGCGAUGGGCGAAGGAAGAGCAGCGUGUCUGACCACGACAAGCUCCUCAAGCUCAGUCCACGACAGAUACAAGAGCUUACGAGCGAGCCCGCGAGCAUUCCCAUACGAGCUGCAACCCCAAUCCUCGAGGACGAGCUAGAAAACGAGACACCUGGACAAGAUACAGAUGGACAGGACAACACCAAGAUCUUGGCUCUAGUGCUAGAGCGACCUAUAGAAUUCAGUCAUAUCAAGAAUGGAGAGGCACGGGGCAGGGGCUCAAAAGGCCGCCAAUUGGAUCAAGAAAAGGAAGUCGUUCUGAUCAAGACGCCGGCGACCGAGUUGAAGCGUGGUCGGCCUGUGCUCAAUGCGAGAUCGAUCACCACGCCCUCACUCGGGCCCAGAACGACGUCAAAUUCAAGAUCUCGGCCCCAUAUACAGGCGCAGGAUGGAGAGGAGAGGAGACCUAGCCGGCAAGUUCCUCCGCCCCUAAGCCUUGAGCCUAAGGACGGGUCGUCCAAGCCCUUGCAGCACGACAGGCACAAAGAUGCCCGUGACAUGCGAGACAUGGCUUCACCAACACCAAUAGCCUUGCCAUUGCCACCACUGUCAGUGCCGACCUUCUUAUCACUCGAACUCUCUGCAAACCGGCCGUCGCCGCUGUACAUCUACCGUCCCCCAUCGACGGACUUUCCGUACGAGUCGUCGGAAAUAAAGUACGAACGCUUGCUCAAUUUCCUCAAGAUACCGUUCAAGAUUGAGGGCAUCUUGGGCUUCGGUGCUCUCGCUUGUCUGGACGCCUGGAUGCACGUGUUAACUAUUCUGCCCCUACGCUUCUUAUUUGCUGUUGCUAUCCUCGUACAGUGGUGGGGCUCAGUAAUUGUCAAAGAGUUCCGUGACUUAGGGGCAUUCGUCUACAACGGUCUGCCCCGGGUGUGGCAGCGGAGAAAGCAAAACGAUAACCCAACACCCUUAACGACAAUAGCGGAUGAGGAGCCUCCUCCCAUGUCGGGGAAGCCACCCUCUUCUCCUGUUCCUUUGGCCAACCCUACAGCUAGGCAGAACAAUCAGCAAAAUAGCCAUGCGUCAACGAGCUUCAAGUUUCCAGACCCGAAGGAGCCCAGACCAAAACGUACUCAAAACUCUCGCUUCCGUCAUCGCCGGACCAAAUCUACCCCUUCUACGCUCCUACCCAGUCACAAGGCAGACAUUCUCAAAGGAUUGCUGGUCAUUGCAAGCUGCUUUGUGCUGAUGCGGUUCGAUGCAAGCCGCAUGUACCAUGGUAUCCGCGGGCAAUCAGCCAUCAAACUCUACGUUAUUUACAAUGUCCUCGAGGUCUGCGACCGUUUGCUUUCCGCCGUCGGUCAGGAUGUUCUCGAGUGUCUCUUCUCCCGUGAAACGCUCGACCGUAAUUCUGACGGCCGAAGCAAAGUCCUCCGUCCAUUCGGCAUGUUUGCGCUUGCUCUCGUCUACACUGUGGCGCACGCUACCGCUCUCUUCUACCAGGUCAUUACGCUCAAUGUCGCAGUCAAUUCGUACUCCAAUGCGCUGCUCACGCUUCUGAUGUCGAAUCAGUUUGUCGAGAUUAAAGGCACCGUAUUCAAGAAGUUCGAAAAAGAGAAUCUAUUUCAGAUCACUUGCGCAGAUGUCGUCGAGCGCUUUCAGUUGUGGCUCAUGCUUCUCAUCAUCGCUAUGCGUAAUGUUGUCGAAGUUGGCGGUCUCAGCAUCCAAAGUAGCAACACAUCGUGGACAGCCAUGUUCACUGGCGCUAGCAAUGCUACUACAGCGACUACGUUCACAGCCUCGAACAUCAUUCCGAUGAGCUUCAAUAUCUUUCCAAAGUACAUUGCUCAAGUUCUGCACCCUUUCCUACUGGUAAUCGGUAGCGAGAUGGUCGUGGAUUGGCUUAAGCACGCGUACAUUACCAAGUUCAAUCAGUACAAGCCAGAGGUGUAUAGCAAGUUCUUUGACGUUUUGGCGAAGGAUUACUACUCCAACGCCUUUACCGAUCCGAGCUUGACGCGACGUCUGGGACUGCCAGUCAUACCAUUGUCUUGCCUUUUCAUUCGCGCUGCUAUUCAGACAUACCACAUGUUCAUCGCCAUGCACAUGCCACCUCCCCUGACCGUAACAUCUACUACAUCGCUGACUUCCGAGUCGGCAUCUUCGCCAGCGACGACUGCGGCAUUCGCCCACAUCGACCAAAUCUUUCGCCGCGCCCUAGGCCGCUCUUCCUUCGGUGCUGGUGUGCCCCCCCAAUCCUGGUUUCACCCCUCUUCUUGGACACUUGACGACCUAAUUGCCGGCUCAACCAUGCUCAUGGUCUUCUUGGUUGGGUAUCUCAUUCUUCUUGCUUUCAAACUUGUCCUUGGUAUGUUGUUGUUGACUGUGGCGAGGAAGCGGUAUCGUGGGAUGCAAGAGCGCGAGAUGAUGAGCGUGGAUACGGGAGGCAGGAGGAUUGGGGGUUGGGGCGUGGUGGAUGUGGAUGAGGAGAAGAGGAGGGCUAUUUAUGAUGAUGACCCGGACGCUUUGAGGAGGCUAAGGGAAAGGGAUGAAAAGGGGAAGAAGAAAGAGGAUCAGGAGAGAGAGAGAGGGACGAACUUCGGGCAUGUGAGUCGGUAUGCUAUGGUUGCUAAGAGGAUUUGGUAG